AACAUACACAAAACUAGCAUGUUAAGUUUCAAACCUAACAUACAUAAAAAAGGGCAAAAUUCUAUAUUGAUUAUCAUUGAGGAUAAACAAUAGUCAAAUGCAAAUAGGUAAGGUAUGAACUGUCCUCAAGCUGUCACCCUUUGUAGGCAUUCAUUCAUUCAUUCACAUUCACAUUCACAUUCAGCUCCAUCCAUCCAUCCAUUGUACACUCUAGAAAACUAGAAUACACCUUUUUUUCACAGCACAGCUAAAAAGUAGUGAAUAGAGACAUAACAUAACCCUUCCGCACACUACCUCUCUCUCUCUCUCUCUCUCUCUCUCAAGACCAUCUUCUUUCACACAGUCCUUUCAAAAUUUGAUAAUGUAAAUCAAAAUCACACAAAAGGAAAAAGUCUACUCAAAACAUAUCUUAAAAAAUUAAUCUUUUGAGUCACCAAAAAAGUUCUACAUUCCAUGGCUUCAUUUGGAAGUUUCUUCUUCUUUCUCAUCAACAUUUUCUUCCUUCUCACAAUCUCUUCUGCAGAAGAUGCAUUUGUUCCUUAUGAGUUUGAGGUUUCCUACAUCACUGCCUCUCCUCUUGGAGUACCCCAACAGGUUAUUGCUAUCAAUGGUGAGUUUCCAGGUCCUACUAUUAAUGUAACCACAAACAACAAUGUUGCUGUUAAUGUCCGAAACAAAUUGGAUGAGAAUCUUCUUAUUCAUUGGUCUGGGGUUCAGCAAAGGAGGAGUUCAUGGACAGAUGGUGUUCUUGGAACAAAUUGUCCUAUUCCUCCUAAAUGGAACUGGACUUAUAAUUUUCAAGUGAAGGAUCAGAUUGGAAGUUUUUUCUACUUUCCUUCACUUAAUUUUCAAAGAGCAGCUGGUGGAUUUGGUGGUUUCAUCAUAAACAAUCGACCGGUCAUUUCUGUUCCUUUUGAUACUCCACAAGGAGACAUUGUUGUUUUUAUCGGUGAUUGGUAUACGCGCAAUCACACGGAUUUGAGAAAGGAUCUGGAUGAUGGAAAAGAUCUUGGCAUGCCAAAUGGUGUUCUCAUCAAUGGAAAAGGACCUUAUAGAUAUAAUGACACACUUGUUCCUGAGGGCAUUGAUUUUGAACAAAUUGAUGUUAAACCUGGAAAAACUUACCGACUUCGUGUACAUAAUGUUGGAAUAUCAACAAGUCUGAAUUUCAGGAUUCAGAACCAUAACUUACUUUUAGCAGAAACCGAGGGGUCAUAUACAGUGCAACAGAACUACACUAGCUUAGAUAUUCAUGUUGGACAAUCUUAUUCUUUUCUGAUAACCAUGGAUCAGAAUGCAAGUUCAGAUUACUACAUUGUAGCAAGUGCCAGGUUUGUGAAUGAAUCCCGUUGGCAGAGAGUUACCGGAGUUGGUAUCUUGCACUAUACAAAUUCCAAGGGGAAAGCUAAAGGUCAUUUACCACCAGGUCCAGAUGAUCAAUUUGACAAAACUUACUCGAUGAACCAAGCAAGAUCCAUCAGAUGGAACGUAUCAGCAAGUGGUGCUCGUCCAAAUCCACAAGGAUCUUUCAGAUACGGUUCAAUCAAUGUGACAGAGAUUUAUGUAUUAAAAAAUAAGCCACUAGUGAAAAUUGGUGGAAAGCGGCGAGCAACACUUAGUGGAAUCUCUUAUACCAAUCCUGCCACUCCACUCAGACUUGCUGACAAAUACAAAGUAAAGGGAGUAUACAAGCUUGAUUUUCCUACAGAGCCUAUAACUGGACCUCCUCGGGUAGAAACAUCAGUAAUCAAUGGAAGUUUUAGAGGAUUUAUGGAAAUUAUACUGCAGAACAAUGACACCAAGAUGCAUACCUAUCACUUGAAUGGAUAUGCAUUUUUCGUAGUAGGGAUGGACUUCGGUGAUUGGUCUGAGAACAGCAGGGGCACAUAUAACAAGUGGGAUGGAAUAGCUCGUAGUACAGCACAGGUUUAUCCUGGUGCAUGGACAGCAGUUUUGGUCUCCCUCGACAACGUUGGAAUUUGGAAUCUAAGAACUGAAAACCUUGAUUCAUGGUAUCUUGGUCAAGAAACAUACAUCAGGGUUGUCAAUCCAGAGCCUACAAACAAGACCGAGCUUCCAAUGCCAGAUAAUGCUCUUUUCUGCGGCGCCCUUCAACAUAUGCAAAAGCCUCAAAAAAUUACCUCGGACGCGUCAAUCAAUGGAAAUGGGCUGAAACUGUUAUUCACUCUGGUGAUGUUUGUUUGUGCCAUAAUCAACAUUUUUCAGUAAAAGCACAUUCUAAGUUCACCCUCUAUUAAUUAGUUGCUUAAAAGAGUUUGGCUUGUUGGUGAGUUAUUCUUAAUUUUUUUUAGUCUUGUUUAUAUCUUGCACUGAUUUUGAGUUGUAUUCUUGUUAUUAGCUUAAUGUUCUGAGGCUCCCAGUUUAAUUAUUUGGGACACUUGUAAUUCUUUUAAUGCCUAUAAUUGUUGUAGUAAUUACCAAUCACAUUCUUGAUACAUGAAACUUGCCAACAUGGUUUCCACUUCAUACUUUA